AUGUCAUUUCCUGUGGAUUUGUUGGACCACUGCAGUCAUGAGGACUUGGAGAUUUCAGGACAGAACUACUUGUCUAACCUUCGAUCUCGGAGUCCAGAUGUUCCUGAAUUCUUCUUUAUGCCAGACCACAGCAAAAUUCCUAUUAGUUUGACAACUGUGGGCUUCGUGCCUCUUUAUGGUGAAGAUCUGACACACAAAGUUCUUGCUUUGUUUGCACCACAGGACCUGUUCACAGCUGUAGCCCUGUAUCUUGCUGACCGGUGGUGGUCAAUUGAUGACAUUGUGAGAACAUCUAUCCAUGCUAGACAGGGGCUUCAUCAGGUGAAGUCUCUUGGAGAGAGGGUGGUUCUCUAUGUGCUGAAUCGAAUCAUCUAUCGGACACAGGAAAUGGGAAGAAAUGACACCCCGUUUCUUUGUCACGGGAGCAAUGCCUAUGCCAAGAUCCUGUGGCAAGGAGGAGAGGCUAUUGCGUUCUAUUCUGUUAAACCUAGAGGAAGUGUUUGUAGAUCUUAUCUUGGUCAGAAUUAUAAGUUGUCAGUUCUAGACACAAUGUUUGUAAGGAAGCAGCAUCAUGGAAGAGGCUGUGGGCUACUCAUGUUGGAAGACUUUGUGGAUUCCUUUACUGAAAGGCCUCUUGGCCUACGAUACCCGAUGUCAGCCCUCAUGUACACAGCUUGUAAGCAAUAUUUCGAGAAGCACCCUGGAGAACGUAACCUUUUCUGGGAAGUGGAGGGAGCAGGACAUUGGUUCCAGAAAAGGUCUAUUCUGGCUGUGUGGCAAAAGGAUAACGUCAUAAAUAAAGCAGAGGCUUCACAGAGAGAAAAUAAAGCAAAGGAUUGUUUUCAGCAGUCUGCAGCAGUAGCUGAAGCAAGUGGACAGAAAGCUGAGCUAGAAACAAAGCAAAGUGCUGACUCUCAAAAAGGUAAAGAAUCAAUAGAUACCCAUGCAAGCACAUCUGAAGGUAAAAUUAAUUUGAUUAUCAGUCCUGUUUCCGUUUGGACACGAAGCAGUCAUUUAAAACGUCCCAGGAUAGGAAAAAAUAGCCAGGAAUCUCAAUCUGAAACUUCCCAAGGAGAUGAGGAAAAUACUCUUCAUGUGUCAGAGAGCAGGCUGGAACUUCCUGCCCGCGCACCUGAAAGCUCUGAAGACUUAGCAGAGGUACCUGAGGAGAGUGCUGCCAAGGAGGAUGAGGUCCUGGUUGCUGCAAACGAGGGCCAGUCUGUAUCCGAAGCAGAGCUACAUGUAUCGCCCCCGGAGAAACGCAGUGAGAAGGAGGAAGCUCCGUUAGAACCUCUUAAUGGUGAGGUAACAGAAGAAACUGGUAAGACCUCACUUGUGGUGGAAGAGGAAAGAGCAAAUGAAGUUCUAAGUGGUGAAUCAAAAUUGCAGUCUGAGGGUCAAGGAGAAGAACCCGUAAUGCUGUUUGUUCCCUUAAUCCUUGAGUCCCAGGCAAAACCUUCAGAAGACACUGUAUCAGAGAAGGCUUUAAAUGCAAAUGAUUCAGAAGUGCUGUCUGAAGAAAGUACGUUGGUUGAGGAGGACACUGAAGAACAUCAAGAAUCUGAAAAGACCGUCAGUGAAAACGCAGCUGCUUCAGCAUCGAAGGAGGAGCUCUCUGACAAUGGCCUGCCCAACUCUACGGUGACUGAAGCAGCAGAAGAAUCAGUUUCUGAAAACGUGUCACCCAAAACGGCCUCCUCACUGGAAGAUCAAAAUGAAGAAGCAGGGCACAACUCACAGGAGGCCCCUGUUGCCUUGAGUCAGAGCUCUUUGGUAGUGGUUGAACUUGCGGGUGUUUCUUUCCAGCAGCCUUCUGGACAGGAGGGGCAGAAGAACCAGCUGGAGGAACACUCAGAAGAGUCUGCUGAGCAGAUGUAUCAGUACACACAGGCAGCAGUGGAGCGGGCUGCUGACAGCAGCUCUGAGGAAGCAGAAAUUGAGGUGCCCAUUGUAGAUCGGAGAAACUUGCGAAGAAAGGCCAAAGGCUACAAAGGUCCCCCCAAGAAAAAAGGAAAGCCAGCUUAA